AUGGACAAUGAUAAUGGAAAAGCGACAUGGGAUCCUUACACGAUAAAGAUUCUAAUCAAUGUUUGCGUCGAGCAAAUAGUGCACAAGAAACAACAAGGAAAAUCAUUUACAAGGCCCGGUUGGGGGAAAAUUGAAAAGAACUUUCAGGAAAGAAGCGGCAGAAAGUAUGACAAGAGGCAAUUGAAGAAUAAAUUUGAUAUAUUGAGAAAAGAUUGGAAGUUGUGGGAUAAACUAAUGUUUGGAGAGACUGAGAUUAGUUAUGCUGUAGCCACAAAUAGGGUUGACCCUAAUUUCAAGAAAUUUAGACAUCAAGGGUUGAUUUUUGCAUCAGAUUUGCAGAAAAUAUUAAAAGAUGUUGUGGCUUCAGGAGACUAUAUGUACGCACCAUCAGCCUCACAGUCCCAGUCAACACCUGUGACACAGGCUGAUACAAAAGAGGAGGAUGAUGUUUAUAGAGUCGGCUUGGACCAACAGAAAGGGUCAGGGGACAGUGAGGACAAAAAUUUUAGAGUUGACCUAACAGCCAGUGCAACGUUCACAUAUGACUUCCCUGGUCACAACUUAAACAACCUUGUGAGUAUUGGACCAAGUGGCUCAGGAAGCUAUGGAAAGAGGAAGAGGGGUGAGACGUCUGAUGCAAAGAAGAAGAAAAAAGUUGUUGCAUCUACUAAAAUUUCUGAUAGCCUUAGUGUUAUAGUGGCUGCUUUUGAUAAGCGAGCAGCAGCACUGGUUGAAGAUCCCCAACUAGUUGACAAGGUUUUAGCACACCUGACUACCGUUGAGGAGCUUAAUGGUAACAAUCAAUUAUAUUAUGCAUGUGCCAAGAUGCUUACGCAGUUGAGGUGGGCUAGGCGAGCCUAUUUGGGGUUUAUGUAUGAUAGAAGCAAGUUGUUGGCGUGGUUAAUACCGGCAGCCUAA